AUCAUGGGACCUUCCUACAUGGUCGUCUUUGCACUUGCACUUUUAAUUGAAUUGACUACAGCUUUGCCCACAGUUAAGAUGGACGAAGAACGUACAGACCAAGAUAGACUAGUGUCGAUAGCAGGAGAAGACAAUGCAAGCGAAAUGGGACCUGGGCAGCUCACCUUCAGAAGACACCCCAUCAAAGAGGGCAGACUGGUGGACGAAGACGGGACAAAACGCAUCUUCAUACUUGCUGACACAGGAAUAAAAGGGUCUCUUGGGAGGGAAGCAAACCUUGCCUUUUCGAGAACCUUCACUGUGCUGCCGCCGCGUGGGACGGAUCAUGCUCUGGAUGGAUUCAACAUGAGGGAUGAGCGACGAAGCAUAGAUAAUGUCAUUCCCGUGGGCAGGAAGGACAUAGACAUGCUAAGGUGCAUGAUAGGGAGAGUAUACAGGCCCUGUUGGCAAGCUUGAAAACGGAGCAGCUGACAAAGCACCUGCAUGAUUUUCCCAGC